GAGCCGGGCACGUCCCCUCCAGAGCUGCGCACCCGGCCGGGACCCGCCCGCGCCCCGCAGAGCCAUGGACCGGCUCCCGCACCUGGCGCUGUGGGUCAUCACAGCGGUUGUUGUCUCCUGUUCUGGAUCACAUGAAGAAAACUCUUCUUCACCAAAUCUUCCUCAGAAGCUCUCCCUGAUAAAAAGUAGGAUGGUUUCAUUGCAUCAGCCUUCUAAACCAGAAAUCUCUUGUAUCAUCGGCUCAAGCUGUUCAUGGGUGACGUCUACAGACAGUUUUGGAAAACCGGACUGGGUGUUAUCUUCGGUUGGUGUCCUGGUGUCUCAGGAGAGGCAGCAGCUUCUUCUGGAAAACAGUUCCUCCCGUGGAGAUGUUGAAGGGGACAUUUUCCUUCUGAACACCAGUAGGCUCCCAGAUAGAUGUGAGUUCAGCCUGCAUAGCCCCAUCCUGCCUGGGAGCUUGGAGUCUUGCGUGCUGGAACUGGCCAUAUGUUCACAGGAUGCUGUUCCUCUCCUCCAGAGGUUCACAGUUGAAAUCAGAUAUGUGGAGACAAACAGAAAUAUAAUAAUUUCUCUGAGAGUUGGCCAUGAGGAGGAUGCCGGGAUGAAAUGGAAAUACCUGAUGGCCCAGAUUGGCCGAAUAGAAAGACCUUUUAAAAUCACCUUGCUGUAUUCAAACUGUGGAGCACAAGAGGUUGGAGUACUGGCAGUGGGCUCCUUGCAACUCAGGAACUGCUUUCAUGAUAAAGAAAACCAAGGUCUUUCUACAUAUGACAAAGGCUCCAGCUUCCCCUGCCUUCAUGGAGGCUGUGUCAGCCACCUACAAAUAUGUGAAUUCAUCAGUGAUUGCCCUGCCAAAGAACAGGAGGGAGUGAGGUGUGACAGUCUCCCAAAGGGCUCACAUUGCUCUUUUGAAGAGGGUCCAUGUGGCUGGACACUGAAUGAAACCACAGCAUCUCCUUGGUCUAUUCAAGGCUUUACUGAAACGAUUCAAGAUGACUCAUUUGUAGGGUCUACCUUGCAAGCCACUGGCGGACACUUCCUCUACCUGCGAGCAGACAGCAAUCAGACGAGCGGUAUGGCCAAGGCUUACAGUACCAGCUUGCCAGCCAGCAUCACCACUGAAAACUACCAGAUCCAAUUUGCAGUGCAUGUUUUUGGCAGCUACAAUGGUACCAUCUCCUUGUCUGUCAGGGAAGAUGUAACAGGAGUUCCAAUCACCUUGCCAGUGUGGGAAAGGGCAGGGAGCUGGAGUGAUCACUGGUUUCUCAUCACCUUACCAAUGCCAGUGCUUCAGAACCGGUUUCAACUGCACCUCCUGGCAACCUGGGGCUGGAAUUCCCAAGCUGACAUUGCAAUCGACAAUAUUACAUUUGGACUGGACUGCUUCAUUGACGGAAGACAACCAAAUCAUUUUGGUGGAAAGCACCAGUACCCACAGGAGAUUAGUAUCCUGGAUGAGCAUCUUCUGAACCCCCUGGAAGAGCCCUCCCUCCCAGGGGACACAUCUGUUGUUCUCUGGUGGUUCACAACAUGUGGUGCCAGUGGUCCACAUGGACCGACUCAAGCUCAGUGUGACAGUGCCUAUAAGGACAGCAACGUGUCGGUGACUGUGGAGAAAGAGGGCAGGCUCCGGGGAGUGCAAGUCUGGAGAGUGCCAGCCACAAACCGAUACAGGAUUUCUGCCUAUGGAGCAGCCGGAGGGAAGGGAGCCAAAAACCACAAUAAGAGGUCCCACGGGGUCUUCAUCUCAGCCACCUUCCAGCUGGAGAAAGAUGAGCUGCUGUACAUCUUAGUGGGGCAGCAGGGGGAGGAUGCCUGCCCUGGGGGCAAUCCUGAAACCCAGAAGAUCUGCUUAGGGGAGUCAUCUCUCAUUGAAGAAGGUUACAAAAAAAAAAAGGACCUUAAGGACUGGGCUGGAGGAGGUGGCGGUGGAGGAGGAGCAACCUACAUCUUUAGACAGAAGGAUGGGAUUUUCGAACCUUUGCUCAUCGCAGCAGGAGGAGGAGGAAAAGCCUACCUGAAGGCUCAGGACAGCUCCCUGGAUGAUGCACCCCUGGAGCAAUUUGAGAACAACACUGCAGUACCUGGAGUCAGCGGGAGGACUGGGGCAGCAGGUGGAGGUGGAGGGUGGCAAGAUGAGAGUCUGCUUCCUCAGGCUGGGAAAUCCCUUCUGGAAGGUGGAGAAGGGGGUCAAGCUUGUCCCCAAGCACUAACCAAGCUUCAGUGGGCCACCUCUGGUGGCUUCGGUGGGGGAGGAGGUGCUUGUACUUCUGGUGGAGGAGGCGGAGGCUAUAGAGGGGGCCAUGCCUCUGACAACGAUGAUAUCACAGCUGGUGGGCAGGAUGGAAUCUCUUUUGUGAACCCCAUUGGAGAGAUCUUCUUGCAUCCCCUGGCAGCCAUGGAGAGUCACGGUGAGGUGGAGGUUCAGAUCUAUCUUAACUGCAGCCACUGCCACUCAGACAACUGUAAGCGGGACCCUGACACCAACCUGCCAGUCUGCCAAUGUGAGAUGGGGGCUGUGCUAGCCAAUGACAACGUCACCUGCACUGUGCCCCAGGCUCCUAUCCCAGAGGGACACCUGCCUCUCCCACUCCUCCUAGCUGUGGUGACUGUGAUUGUGGUGCUUGGAAUGAUCCUCACUUGUGGUAGCCUAUCUAUCAUUUACCACCUUAAGAAGCAGCAGCUGGAAGGAGCCAGGGCACGACUUCAGAGCCCAGAGUAUAAACUGAGCAAAAUCCGCACAUCGACCAUCAUGACAGAUUACAACCCCAACUACUGCUUUGCAGGGAAGGCUGCCACCCUAAGCGAGCUGAAGGAAAUCCCACGGAAAAACAUCUCUCUGCUUCGGGCACUAGGACAUGGAGCAUUUGGUGAGGUUUAUGAGGGAACUGUGGUAGGCAUUGCAGGGGAUCCCAACCCUCUUCAAGUCGCUAUCAAGACACUGCCAGAAGUCUGCUCUGAGCAGGAUGAGAUGGAUUUCCUGAUGGAAGCAUUGAUUAUCAGUAAGUUCAAUCACCAAAACAUCGUGCAGUGCAUCGGCGUUAGCCUACAGACGCUGCCUCGCUUCAUUCUGCUUGAGCUCAUGGCUGGAGGAGAUAUGAAAAGCUUUCUUCGGCAGAAUCGACCCAGGGUGAAUCAGCCAUCCACACUAACAAUGCAAGACCUGCUGAACAUAGCUAGGGACAUUGCCUGCGGCUGUAAAUAUCUGGAAGAGAAUCAUUUCAUCCACAGAGAUAUAGCUGCAAGGAAUUGCCUUUUGACCUGCACUGGAGUAGGACGAAUAGCCAAGAUUGGUGACUUUGGGAUGGCCAGGGAUAUUUACAGAGCAAGUUACUACCGCAAAGGAGGAAGAGCCAUGCUUCCUGUCAAGUGGAUGCCACCAGAAGCUUUUCUAGAGGGCAUUUUCACCUCCAAGACUGAUACCUGGUCCUUUGGUGUCCUUCUGUGGGAGAUUUUCUCUCUAGGCUACAUGCCCUACCCUUGCAAAACCAAUCAAGAAGUUCUGGAAUUUGUCACCAGUGGAGGAAGAAUGGAUCCACCAAAAAACUGCCCAGGACCAGUGUACCGGAUCAUGACACAGUGCUGGCAGCACAGUCCAGAGUAUCGGCCAAACUUCUCCACCAUCCUGGAAAGAAUCAAGUAUUGCACACAGGACCCUGAUGUGAUCAACACUGAGCUGCCCAUGGAGUGCGGCCCCGCACCAGAGGAUGAAGGGAGUACAGUCAUGCGCCCAAACAUUUCCAGUGGGAUCGUGCCCCUGUUGGUAAGCCCUUCUCUCACACCUCAGACAACACCUAAAACACUGGACUCCCAUCAUGCUGGGCACAAACCUGCACAGUGUCCACAAGAGCUACUGGUGGAGAACCUGAGCAACUGGACUGCUCGAGGGCCCAGCCUGCCAUGCCUCAGCGAUUUCAACAGUGGGUCCUGGUUCCAGCAGACCUCGAACCAGAAGUUGGAGCUCAGCAAUCCGCCAACCCACAGACUUAAAAAUAAAACAAAAAAUCUUUGGAACCCAACCUAUGGAUCGUGGGUGCUAGAGAACAUCUGUCACUUCAGUCCCAGCUCCAAGCUCAAAGCAACUCCAGAGCGGGAAGAUUCAGGCUUUGAUGGGAAUUGUAGUUCCUCUCCGAGCUCUCGGGCAUCACCAGCAUCUCCAAGUCGAAGCAACCGCCCUCACCUGGAUAUCAGUGGGAUUGAACUGGUGAAACUCCAGACCUUCCCUUGCGGCAAUGUGAAUUAUGCUUACGAUGACCUGUGCUAUAGCACUGACCACCAACCACCGGCGUUGGCGGAGGUCAGAGCAGCUGUGCUGAGGAGCUCAAGUCUGCAUAGAGAUGAAAAACCUUUUUAUAAAACAGAGAAACCAUCGAGAGAGAGGGACUCCGGUCUGUCUUUGUCAGGUGACCUGAGUGUUACUCCAGUAUAACAGAAAUGAUUCUUCCAAAGAUCAGGGAAUGCGUGUGUCUGGAAGGACUGCUUCCUAUUUCACCUACUUACUUCAUUUAAGUUCCUUCAGGUGGGUGAUGUUUCAACAUCAGCAAUGUUCUGCUUCCUCCUUCUACCUGCUGGAUUCCCAGAUCAUUAAAGACGGUUGAAUUUCUAUCUCUGCCCCUCAAAUGUGUUCCACUGAACCAGUUUAGAGGCAUUGCUGCUCUCAUUCAGAAUACAAUACUUAACAAAAGGAUUCCUCCUCAAUCUGCUCAGGUGAAAAGACAUGGACCUAUCAUCCAACUGCAGCAUUUGGAUGGAAGUAAUGACUAACACAGAUUGCGCUUCUUUCUGACUGAAGAAACCAAAAAUGCAUGCUGUGCCAGCAGCAACCAACUUGCAAAGGCUGCUCUAGUCCCAGGAGCUUUUUACAGUCCUGAUGACUUACUAAUGCUGCUCAGUAAAUAAAUAGCAGCUACACUUGCAUCUGUUUUAUUAGCAGAACUUGUGGAAAAACGUGAAAAUGGAGCUAUUGCUCAAAUUGGAAGCAGUAGGAAAGAUGAUAAAAAAAAACCAAUCUGGGCUCCUCUGAGCAUGUGCUUUGAAAACAAGCAAUGACGAGGAAAACAAAUUUACUAUUAAAAAAUAGCUGGUGGAGCUGAGAGUAUCCCUUUGAAUACUGAAGAAAAUGUGCUGCUUGCCUUGUGGUGUCUCUUUCCUUGCAGAUCCUGGCGUGGAAGGGACAGGUGAUGUUUCAAGAAAGGGUGAGCUGCGUGGUGUGAUGAGAAAUAGACUGUUUUUAUCUUUUAGCGGACUUUACUUGGGAUGAACAUUUUUUUGUAAGUACUUUGAUAUUCAGCAGUAAUUUCCUGUGCUGUGUUGGUAAGCAUUAAGCUGAGGCUCUCAGGUAGCUGUCUAGCAUUUGGCGCACUGGAGUUCUCCUUGGCUUUAGUACUUCUCUAAGGUGUCAGAGCACCUCACAGUGCCCUUUACACAGCAAGGUAGACUAGCUCAACCAUUUGAGAACCCUAAAACCAUGAGUUGGCUUCACACCCAAGCAGGUCGUCAUUUAUUCUUGCAUUGCAAGCAUACAGACUUACUGGUAAAGAUAGUUGUUUGUUUUGAAGACAGCUUUCUUCUGUUGCUUAGGGUCUAAACUGAUGUUUACUGGUUAAAGCCUGCAAAAUAAGGAGACUGAAAAAGUAAAUAAUUUGGAUUAACCUGAACAGUCUCAGAAGCAUUUUGUCUUUGUCCCACCUCUGAAUGUUGCACUGCCAACCUACAGUAGCAAAUUACAUGCUGCCUUCAUGUGUAAUCAAGUUGUCUGGUGAGCUGUCAGUUGUAGAUUCUGCCUGAUUCCUUUCCCAGGGAAGAGCUGCUCUGGUACCGGCUUCAUGCUUAGCGCUCAGCUGCAGGAACAGUCUGAACAUGUGGGCUGGCAGGAGAGGGUUUGCUCUGACCACACAGACCGCCUGUCCUCUGCCUCAUUCUGGGGUGGAUGCUACUGAGAUGUGGUACAGAACAGCACCAGGCGAAGAGUCUGAAACCAUCUUGAGUGAAAUGCGUCUUCAGCCCAGAUUUAUGCUUUGUUGGCCUGACUUUGAAUCUGUUCCAAGCUUCCUACAGUUUUAGGCCUUUGGCUUUAGAAUGAACAGUUUCACAAUCCAUCAUUUCCAGACCCGAGUGGUGGUGAUGGCCACCUUUCGGCAAUGACCCCUAUGGUAUGGAAAUAAUUCCCAGGCCAUGUUGUGAAAUGACAGAUGGUCAGAAAAGACGGGCGCCUCUGUGGGCCAAGGCCAGCAGUGGUGUCAGGACCAAUGGGCUUAGUGACCAAGGGAGACCAUUUUACCUUUGCUUUAGCGCUGUGGCUUCCCAUGUUUAGCUCAGAGCCUGUCCUAACUUACAUCCAGGAGAUGCUACAGCCCACUUAGAUGAGGCAGAAAAGCCCAGUUAGCAGGAAAAUUUCUCAUUCUUGCCUCUUGCAGAGGGUAGUGGUUUUGGUCAUGUUUCAAGCUGGCCACCUCUGGAAUGUGCCAGUCACAAAUAAAUACAUCUACCCUUAGCUAAUUGGAAUAACAUCAGUCAUUCUUCAACAUCCCUACCUUUCAGAUUAUGUUAGUCCUAUGGUUUAUGAAUUGGUACUUUUUUCCACGAAUGUGAGCCGUCAGGUUCUCCGACAGUUGUGACUGGGUGUCAGCAAGUCAGCCCCUUCCUCCCUGGGGACAAGGCUGCAGCAGGGUGCAGCGCUCCUAGUUCAGCUGCAGUGGAUGUGAUGCCAGAUCACUUUCCAGCCCUUGUCUGGAGUGGACUCUGUCCUGAGCAGAGCACUGGUCAUGGCUCUGCUUUUGCAGACCCAUUAGGAUUCUGCUUUCACUUCUCAGCCCUCAGCCAUGGGUGGUACAUUGGUGGUAAGAGAGGGAAUAGCGACUUGUUCAGAAGCCACGGGAGGUUAACUAUAUUUUCUUCCUGCAGACUUUAUAUUAUAAAGUAGCAGGCACAAGGCAGUUCUUAAUUUUUUCACGUGGAAAUGACUAUACAACCCCCUAAGAUUCCCAUGAGAAGCAGGUAGUAUCACUACUGUCCAUAUGGUUACCCAGCUUGAGCCACCACUGUUUUCCCCAUGCACAGCACUUGCCUCAGCAUAACUCACGAAUUUAGAAAGGCCCAUAGUGAUAAAACAAGGUAAAAAACUGAAAAAUGAAGCAAGAGAAGACGAGCGCAGUCCUGUUACCAACGCCACAGGCAGUCUUGGCUGCAGUUAAGCCUUUUUUUUAUAAAUAAAAUGCAAGUUCUUCAGCCUAGCACUUAGGACAAAUACCCAUUUAUAGCUGUGUCAAGGUACUUCCUUACAGGAGGAACAGAGACGAAGCUCCGCUGAGCCAGCACACACCACCACCCUGCACUGUAUCUCUCUAAGAGCAAGCAACAGCGGGGUGUUGAAGGGCAACUCCAAGAGCAGGGUGAGCAUGUAGCAGUUAUUUCCCAGCUUUGCUGGUUUACAACAGCACGUAGCUCAGGGAUGUGCUGAGCCAGAUGCAGCAUCUUAUGACUGACCUGCCCCUACCCAACAGGUGAUGAAAGAAAGAGCCGGGCAUUUUAAAUGAAUCUGCAUUAGCAACUUUGAUUUUAUACAAGCUCUUAAAUUCUUCCAAAGGAACUGAAGGUAAACGACCUUCUGUCAACACAGUUGCCAUGAAUCUUUGACCUGUAAGGUUUUCUGUGCAGAUCUGAUCGCUUAGCUGCUUUUUACAAACCCUCAAAGAUAAUGAAUUUUUAAUUCAUAUCCUGGAGGAAAUGAUGCCAGUAUCACUCGUGUUGUGAUGCUGAAAUGCUACAUGCUGUCCAAACCACAUUAUCUAAAAAGAAAGCUAACAACUGCAAUGACAUAUACUACAACUUUCAGUCCUACAAUUCUGAGACUGAAACUUACUGUUCAUACAAUCAGAUCUCAUAGUGCUCAGUUGCUACCCUUUCAAAAAUAUAACUUGCUUGGAACUGAUUUUUAAGGCAACACUUUAUAAUCAAUGAGUUGAACCCAUAGUGUCAAAAAUAGAUUACUUUGGCAAUUGAAAGCCAAAACCUAAUUUUGUUACGUAGAGGAAUGGCAUGAGCUGAAGAUCUGGGAUUAAUUCAAGUCCUGUAAUCCAUGUGAAAAGUCUUCCAACACUUCCCGAGUGGAGAAACAACCAUUUACAGGAUUAUUAUAAAUUGCUCUUCCUGAUGGGUAUCUGUCUUUUAACAUGUUACCAACUUGGUUUUAGAUUUGUGUGUAUAGAGUUGUUGGGUUUUUUCCUUCUAGGGGUCAGCAUUAGUACUUCAUGUUGCUUCACACAAUCUCAUACCUACAUUUUAAAGAGGGGACUGAAUAAGAAAAGAUGAAUUAAUGCAAAUUUCAAUUUGUCUUUCUCUGCUUUCUUUUCACAUAUGUUGAUAUUCUUGCUUCUGAUUUGUCAUCUCUUCUCUCCUCGUUUUGUAUCCUCAUUUUCCCUUUAAAGAAACAGAAUUUUUAACUGCACAGAUUUAAGGUGUCCCCCUCAUAUCAACCCUUUCCCUGAGGUAAGUUCUACACUGAUUUGCCGAUGGGCAGGUGUGCGCUAAGAAAGCUUCACAAGUCUCAUGAAAUAAUUAUGGGCUUCUGCAAGCGUAACUCACUCCUCAGCUUCAGUGCCCUCCUGCUACUUACCUGAAAGAGAGGAGAAGGCUACUGCUGGGAGCAGAGUUUUCCCCAGUGUAUUUGCAUCUUCACAGCUGUGUCAGCCAGGGACCCAUCCCCAGGCCCUGGAGCAGCAGAGCUCCUGUAGCCAGGGCUGUGCUCGCUCCUCCUGGCAGCCCACCCAUGGGGAGAGGCCUUAGGCAUGACAUCACUAACAUCUUCCCCUCUCGUCACAUGACUCUUUCAUUUAGUUGAAUUGGUUUCUAUUACCUCUGUCCAUGGCAGCACUUCUUGCCAACUUACCUUUCUGGGUGAGUACUGGCUGUAAGUAGAUGACACGCCUGCUUCUAUGCAAUUUAAAGCUGGACAAGUGUAUACUUCUAGAUUUGCGACACAAAAUAAAGGGCCACUAAUGGUGGCCAUGUCCCUCUCUGGCUAAGCACUCUUUGCACACAGGUAAGAUGGGUUUUGGAACCAAGUCUCCAAUGCUAGUUUCUAGAUGUAUUUCUUAGAACCAUUUUUAUUGUAGGAAAUAUUAGAUGUUAAAGACUACAAGCACAAGAAACACUGAAAUAAAUAGCUUUUGUCCCUUCCCUAAGGAAAUUCUUGAAGAUAUUGCUGUCCUGUGACCAAAUCACAGUGGACGUCAUUUUUCCUUCAGUCUCAUUUAUUUAGUAGCAUACACACUUCAGAGUAACAAACACUCAACCAAUACAGUCAAUGUCAAAAGUGACCAUGGUCAGCAUUGCAUUGUAGUGUUCAGAACGGAUGCAUGUGGAUGAUACAGGCCAUUUGAUCUCAAUACCUUAACAAAUAAUAACAACAGCAAUAAAAAAAAAAAAUAGCAAGAGCCCUCUGAGAUACUUAAGGGUUUGGUCCAACUCCCAUUGAAAUCUUUCCCUAUAAUAGGAACUGGAUCAGAUGUUAAGUGAAUUCCCCCCGUGUAAAAUUGAGGGAUUUAAUUUUUACAACAGGUUAAAUUUAAUCCAAAUUUAUAUCCUUAUGGGGCCACAACACCCAUCAUUUUUAAACUUAGCUGAUGUAUCUGUUUGUGCAUUUCCUUCGAUAUUGCACCUUCCUCCAAAGAAUCUCACAGCAUCUUGCAAGCAAUAAUGGACCUCACACCAUUCCUGUGAGGUAAGUAGGUACUAUUCCCAUCUGUAAAAUGGGAACAAAACUGAGGCCUAGGACAGUUGUCCAAGGCCAAAAAAACAAGUCACCAACAAAGUUGAGGGAGAGAAGUCCUACUGCUAGAUUCACACAGGAAUGCAGCAGCUACAGCAGUACGCAUCGCUGCAUCUAACUAGUGAGUUUAAAGACCUUGGUGCCAAAGUCAGAGGUUAGCUGUUCAGCACCAAAGUGCCUCUGGGCCAGCAUAUCUUCCUGUGCUCUCGGUGGCUCCAGAGUGAGGCAGUAUCUCCCCAGAGGCAUUAAAGAACUACAUUCUGGAUGUGUACGUGAACAAGAGCCUUGGUCAUCACGCACCAGCUCUUCUAUGUCACAUGCCUGUGCAAAGGCAUCACGUUGACCCUCAUUCAAGGCGAGCGGCUCCACAGCGAAAGGUGGCUGUGCCACUUCCUUGCUCUCACAAGCGAGGGUAGGCAGGCACUCUGGGCCAGCGAUGGGAGCCAAGGUAUCCAACUCACCCCAGGGGAGUUUGCUCACACACUCAGAGCCUCCAGCCCCUUAGAGCUCCAGUGCUCAGCGGCAGUCCCAACUUGCAGUUUGCUAAUGAAAAGCUGUCUCUUCUCCUUUCCUAUAACAGCAGCAGAAGAUUGUGGCUCCUUCCCUUUUAAUUGCUUAGCAGGCAAAAGAGCCAUCUCUAACCUGCUAGAACUAUCUGUCAUCUAGAAUGAGUUUCCAGACCAGGGUCUGCCAUAGCAAAGGUUUUCUUUUUUCCCCCUGACCUUUUCAACUACUGCAGAGGAAUGGAUCAUUCUCCAUGCUUUCCCCCAAGACCAGGUCCUGCAAACCAUCCAGGUGCUAGCAGCAGUUGGUUUGUUUCAAGCCACUGGUACCACAUGGCUUCUAGUUGUCCUUUAGUACUCCACAGUCAUUCUAAAAGUUUGUCUCAAAUUCUCAACUGACAUUUGAGCAUGAACUUUUACCCUCUAACUCUCCCCUCUAGAAAAUAAGUUACACUGGUGCAAAAGAUUCACAGAUGUGGUAAAAGAAGAAAGAAAUUUAACUCUGAAGAUUAAUUAGGCAAGCCACUAAUGAAUUCUAUCACCUUCACAGUCUCUUUUCUAACUUUUCUUUUUUUUAUUAUGGUAGGACUGCUUUCAAGUGCAGUUUCAUAGAAAAGGUAUUGUUAUUAACAUCCUCCCCUGUGAGACCUGUUUACUUCCUAUUCUCCUUAAGCACUGCUCACCAAUGGCUUACCUGUUGGCUGCAGGGAAGGAGGAAGACUUUUAGUUUCAAAUUGUAUGAAAUUCACCACAGAUUAGUUCAUCAUCUCAUAGCAGUUCAAAAGUUAGGAGGCAUCUGGAAUGAUAUCUGUGCUCUCUAUUGAAGGCUUGCUGUCACUUGAAAAAAAAGUGUAAACCCUCUGAAACAUCUAAGUGGAAAAUUCAUUAACAUACUGAGAGGGACUCUGGAGGUCACAGCAGAAGUCUGAAUUUGCAGCAAACUGCAAAAAUAAUUACCAGUUUCAAGCAACUUCUGUUUUAGGAUGAAAUGUUCCCACAUGUCAUUACUUCCUACAGGAUACCCAAUGUCAUCUAAUGUUUAGGUCACAACUGAGCUUGAAUACUGUUGGUUUGUUUAGAGGUGAUGGAAGAGCCAUGAAAUCUGACUGAUCUCUUGGUACAGUAGUGUGUUAUCUAAAGCAACUCAUUUUAGAAGUUAUUUUAGGAUCUUCAAUUCUAAUUACAAAUGUUAUAGAUAGAUUUCAUUCCGGAUCUGGACUCUGCAGUCUUUUUUUGCUCAUGAUCAUAAUUAUUACUGAAAUAGCAGUUUCCCAAAGCAUGGAGUCAGUUUCACAUAUCCUAAAGUUCUCAGAACCUCUCCUGAGCACAGGACACCAGCAAAAGACAGCAAUUCCUGGUCAAUGUGUAUUACUAGCUUUGGAUGUUGAAAGGCAAUUAACAAUCGAAUAGUAAUAUAAGUCAUGUCCUCAUUUUGAAAACUGCAUCGCAUUAUUCAUGUUAAAACCUGGAAUGUGAGCGAACAUGUGAAUACUGAUAGUAUUUACACUGCUAGUAUUUAAAGAACUGUUCAAGUGACUAGAGGUAACCAACAGAGAAGGUAUGUGAAGCCAUUACAAUAAAUCACUUCAGUCUUUCUCAGUUUAACCUAAACACUGAAUUUUCUGUGGCUGUGCCUGGGCCACAGCAAAAGAAUGAACCACAGAUGGCCCCGCGAUUCCAGAUGGGGACUAGGGGCUGUGAUAUGUUGACAUUCCUUCCCCCAAACUGCCCUGAGUUACCAGCUGACACCCUGGAGGAAGGGUGCCUGGAAAUUAUCUCACCAUUAGUGUAAUGCUGUGAACGCAGAAACGUUACCCUCCUGAUCGCUGCACCAGUCUAUGCACUUAAGUGGCAGCAUCAUCUUUGGGAACAAGAACAUGGCCAAGAAGUCACGUGCAUUAGGAGACAGUCCAACCACGAUCGUAAAAGAUCACAUUAGUUGCUGGCUACUAGUGCGUGUGUGUGCACAUGUGCAGGGCUUUUAUCUUUAAAAAUAAACAAGCCUUGGAACCCCUAGUUUCCUGGUCUGUGUGCAGAAGAGUCAUUACUGAUUUUCAGAACUGCAGUUCAGCUGCAAGAGGCCAAACUUGCCAAGCUAGGCACUUGCCCAGCAGCCCACCCAGCCUGAAAGUCAACUGUGUUUAGAGACAACAGGCUGCUAUUCUCUCCCUAAAGUGUCUGUAAUCUCCUGAGAGGCUACAUAAAAAGCAAAGGCUGCUCUUGGAUAGAAGUGAAUCAAGGCGAGGGUAGGGGAGAGGAGGAAUGGUCAAGAGCAGUUACCACAGCAAGCCACUACAAACUGCUAUCUCCCUUUGCUCCAGGUUUCUUGCGAUCGUCUCCCAUUUCCACCUUGUGCACACCGUAACACAGUGCAGCAGAAAUUGUUGGUCCAACCUAUAGCGUACACAGGAGCAAGGAGACUUGGAAUUAGGGGUGG